UUUCUUACCCAUAAGGCUGCUAUGUGUCCAGGCUGUUGAUUUAUAUGCCUGAAUCCCCGAUGGACCACUGAGGAAAUAUAAGCAAGAACACUGAGUUCUGCUUUAGCCAGUCAGUUAACAAACUACGGACUACAGUGUUAAGUGAAAACAUAGAGAUUCCCAUCAAAGGGAAACACAAUUUGGUGAAGAAUCUCAUCGGCUGUUUGGCCCCAGGGCAGACGCAGUUACAUGAUGGCUACCGUUCCUCCUACUGGCUUCUUGGUUAUCAAUCUGACUUCAGUAGACAAUGGGACCAAUGCCUCUUGUCAAACCAUUUUGCCUCCGCAGCAUCAGAAUAAGCUAAUCCCCGCUAUCUACAGCAUCAUUUUCAUACUGGGAUCCAUGGGCAAUGGCCUGGUAGUAUUCGUGCUGUGUCAGAAGGGCAGCCGCAAGACGGUGGCUAACACAUAUAUGCUCAGCCUGGCGUUGUCCGACCUGCUCUGCGUCCUCAGUCUCCCUUUCUGGGCCGUCUACUACUUCUUCGACUAUGACUGGAUCUUUGGCACGUUUAUGUGCAAACUUUGCGGGGCCCUCUUGACACUCAACCUGUAUGCCAGUAUCUUCUUCAUCACAUGUAUGAGUGUGGACCGCUACCUUGCCAUCGUCCACCCCUUCCGGUCCCAGUGCUGCCGCAGCCCGUGCCGAGCCAGAGCCGUCAGCUGCCUGGUGUGGACUGUGGCCUGCCUGUCUGCUGUGCCCGCCAUGAUGUUUAGGAUUAUCUACUACUUGGAGGAGGUGGGCGUUACGGCUUGUGUGAUCAGCUACCCAUCGGUAAAGUGGUUCCCCAGGAUGGCGUUGAUGAAGAACAUCCUGGGUUUCGUGCUACCUUUCACUGUCAUCGCCAGCUGCUACUGCAGCAUCGGCCAUCACCUGCUGGCAGGCAAGGGCCUGACUAAGAGCUCUGACAACCUGGACCGCGUCCUCAGGAUGGUGGUGGCUGUGGUUCUGGCUUUCUUCGUCUGCUGGUUCCCCUUCCACAUGCUCACCUUCCUGGAAGCUUUGGCUGACCUCGACGUGCUGAGAGUCUGCAGCAUACAGCAGGUGGUCAGCAUCCUUCUUCCCUUUGCCCUGUGCAUUGGUUUGUCCAACAGCGCCAUCAACCCCUUCCUCUACUGCUUUGUGGGGAUCCAUUUCCGGCAGCAGCUCAGCGAUCUGUACCAGGCUCGGAUGUCCAGCCUAUCCCAGAAGAGAGGAUCCAUCAGCACCAGGCUCAGCUCCUUCUCCAGGAAAUUGAGUGACCUUAAAGACCUUGGUCCUCUAGAAAUUGUGGAGCAGCACAGUGCCCUCUAGAGAAUCUCAGGAUGCCAGUCAAGGACCAGAUAGCUAGAUUACGGCCUCUCCUGCUGAAUCUUCUGACUGAGCAGCUCUACGCUUUCUACUGUCUAGGCCUUGCCGUUAUCCAAAGCGGGUGACAAGCUGGGCAUUUUUUACUCCGGGUUCAGUACAGAGUUUGAGGUCACGUGAACAAGGCCUUACCCAGCAGUCCAACACACAGCCUUCAGGUUAAACCCACUUCAGAACCUACUGCCCUUUUGUUUUCCCAUCCUUUUUAGGAUCGGAGGUCUAAAAGGUUUCAAAAAUACCAGUCUUUAUUCUUCAAGUGGAUAUACAGGCCAAGAGUUUUAACACAAGAGUGCAAGGCACCCACGCUGCCAUAUGCACAGUGAUGAUUUAAAUAUGUGUGCUUGCUGCUGUGGACUCCAUAUCCAGGACUAUUAAGAUAUUUUAUGUUUUAGAUUUUUUUUUCACGUCACUCACAAAACCUACCCUUACUUUUUAUAAUUUUAUUAUGCAAAUUGCACUUUUUUGUUACUUUUUUAACUGAUGCAGACACAGCUGUGAAUACAUUUAGAAACAAAGGGACCUCUUGCUUAGCGGUUUCUUAUUUUUACUAAUAUGAUAAUGUGUUUAUCGUGUUUCACUUUUCACAUCUUAAAAAAGGCUUUUAUCAAUUAAAUCCACUUUUCAACACGAGGCGUAUGUUUAAAAUAUGCAGACAAAGUAGCGUAACGUUUGUUUACUAGCACUUCGCAAUUCUAUUUCGGUUAUCACCAGAUCAGCUCACUACGAAAUGCUAAUGGUCGCAUAUACAAAAAGUUUAUAUUUUUUGUCUUGUUUUAUAUUCUUCGGCAGUUUUCCGCGUACAAAUGAUAAACCUGAAUGUUUACCGGGCUCUCUUUAUUUAUUACUUCACCUUCUCCAGCCACUUUUCUACUGAAUCGAAAACUCCUAGUGCGCUGCGCGUCUCCGAGUGUAGAAGCGAAGUCACGUGACCAAAGCACCCCCCCCCCCCCCAAAGCAACUGCGAAAACAGCGCGGUCAUGGCACCCCUAAAAAUCGAAACCUUCAGUGGGUACCGCAGCAGAUGUGAAAACCCCACGGCCUCCUCUAUGGGGAUUAGUACUCACAGGAAGCUGAGGGGGCUUUUCAUGAAUGAUCACUUUCAUGAACGAAAGUUAAACUUUCAGCUUUUUACAAGUCAAAUAUUGUUUGUUAUACAGUUACAUGACACGUGUCAUUCUGACAAUAUAUAUUUUUGCCCAAAAAUGUUAUUCAGAUUGUCUUCUCAUGAUUUAAAAAAUUAAUGUUAUUCUGAAAGAGUGGUUCAUAAUAAUGAUGUCUUAUACUUAAAGUAUAUCACUGAGACCAACAUGCUUGUAAAUUUCACUGGUAUUGCUGGAGGCAUGACAUUUCUGGAUAAUAUACGCUGCUUUAUGAGCUACACCUAAAUAAACCCAAGUAGGACCCACUUUUGCCUCCAAAACCGCUUCAACGGUAUUGCAAUUAAAUCAAGCCUUUAACCCUACCUCUACAAAAGAUGGGGUAAAUGUUUUGUCGUACACCUAAAUAAAGAAUGAUUACUCUGAGCUUGUGUUUCUCAAUCCUAAAUCUCAUUACUACACUUCCUCUACAGAUCUUCCAUAAGAUUAAUAUGUGUUAUCAAUAUUCAUCAUUUUAAUCUCAAUGUACAGUUAUCUUCUGAUUUUUGCUCAAUUGUAGAAGUGGUACAUUGACGGUAAGAACUGCCUUUUCUUAGGAGAUCACAUGGUCAAACAAGCCGCACCGAAGCUUUUAAAUGCAUCCAUUAAGCACACGGCUUAACCCCUUUUAUAAAACUGUUCAAUAGGCAAAAGAAGUCAGCAAGUAGUUGUGAAACAAAGCAGGGAACCCUGAUCAUGUUCUUGUUAAUGCUGUUCCCUCUUUUGUUCUUAGAAAUGACAUCAUCAGAUCGGGUAUUUUCUGAUUGCUAGUUCCUAUUCAGAUCCAGAUGUCUGAUGGAGAGCCCAUUUUUGUGUUGGAUGAAAAAAGUCUUCUAGCUGUUCUUGACCUAGUAUAAAAAGUACAUAUAAAAGUGUGGCAGUUGCUGUUAAGCUUUUUUAACCGUUAAAAUGUAAAACUACCGCCAAAUGCAUUGCUGAAUAUAUUAGCAGUGAUUUAUCCUGAUGAUGUAUUUUGAACCUCAUCUGCUUGGCAGUAGCGGCAUCCUGACGUAAUUAAAACUACGUGGAAUGGCAACC